UUCUAAGUGUCAUCGAAGAUUUGAAUGCCAGCACCGAGUAUGAUCCAGAGGAGCGGACAAGGUGGAGAGCAGAGAUGGAACAGGAGCUUGAAGGUAUCGCGCCUGUGGCAAACACUUCUGUUUCUGCGUCUCCGCUAAUAAAAAAACCCCAGCCGAAGGCAACCAAGCCAAAGGCGACAGUCGAUAGGGUAAUGCCAAUCCGGCCAACCAGUGUGAAGGGGGGAGAGGCGGAAAUCACUGGUCUUAACAAGAGCCGAAUGCCCGGAACGCCGGUGUACGACGAAUGGGGCGAGAAACAUCACAAUAUCGAACUUAUCCCUCACACAUACAUAUCUAACUACCCGCUAAUGUACCGGCCCGACGUUUUCUUCGGGCCACUCAAUGAAGGAGAAGACCCCGGCAUGGCGCCGUUUGAUCUCAAAUCGCGCCUGGCACCCUCGAAUGAAGAAGAAUUCAACGUGUGCAUCCCCUCGUGGAUCAUGGGCCGACAGGAAGACGUGACUAUUUCGCUUGCCCAGUUCGGACAGGAAGAAACCGCGAAUCGCAAGCAAGUUGAGGGCCCGAGAGACCUCUAUCCCCAUCCUGACCGACUAGCGGGUGAGCUCUCACCCGUCCCCUCGGAGGAGGAGCUUGCGGCCAUGCGAGAAGAGCCAAUCCGGAACGGCGAACUCACUCAAGCCGAAUAUGAUCUCGUCAUGUCAAGGCGCCGUCCUGCCAGCAAAGUUCAAUGGGAGCAAUUCACACUGAACCGACGAGCUGAGUUGCUGGAGACGAAGAAAAAAUUCGACGCCAAUCUCAGGGUUCGCGUGUGUUCUAAUGACCUAGGGAGCGGCCCUUUGACCGACCUUAACGGGAUGAUGCCUCCUCCAGUCAAGAAGUUCCAUAUGCGAGGCGGCGGCUAUGGUCCAGCAGUUAAGAAACUCAAAUCAUCGAAUAUGUAUCCUCAGGGUUCCAAGAAGCGGAUUUUGGAACGCUCUACGAAGAAGAAGCCCCCACCUCCUAUUUGUAUUGUGCCCCGGCGGUACGGCACAAAGAAGAGUGCAACGCAAAGCGGGAAGUCGUCCUCAACUCCCAGAAAAUAUUGGCUUCGUAGCAGUCCGGCACCUCCGCAAUCAGACUCGACUUAUGUGUUUUCAGCGGCGAGUAAGACUGUCGCAUCGUUGACGGCAACGCCAAGGGAAACACGGAGAAAGGCGGCCGUCGACAAGGUCACCAGGGCAAAGAAACGAGCGGCCUCGAAGAACAAGAGGCAGGCCGCAGGCGAAACUGCUUUUAAACCUGGCCCUGCAACGAGUCCCAAUGAUGCCGACGACGAGGUGUCGCCUAUGAUAACUGAACCGAAGAAGAAACGCGCGUCCAAGGAAAGUGAUGCUCUGUGCCAGAAGAAAUAUGAAGGGUCGAACCAGUCCGCUGGAGCACUGAACGUGAGGCAAUACAAAGUGUCGAAGCGGGCAGCUAGGGAGAGGGUAAGAGAAAGAGAGCGGACUACUUUGAGAAUUCGGCCGCCAACCUGGAACCAGUCCUUCGAUGCUUUGGAUUUUUCCGUCGGUGGACGUCGAGUGGAGUUUCUCUCUCCCUCUCCUGUUACGGUUCGGUGAUGCUCUUGAAUGCUAAAGUACGAAGUAAGUAUGGUAUUAAACAUCGUUCGGCAGAGAUGAUACAUAUCGGUUCGAUAUUAG